AAGUAUUAUUCAAAUUUAACGGGUUAAAAAGUGCAAUUGGUUUUCGUACCCACCUAAUCACAAAAGUAAUUGUUAGAAGUUGUGAACACAUGUUUCUUGAAAGUAAUAACCCGAAUGUGGAAAAUUCGGUUUCUACCCAGUUUUAUUUUUCAAUAUUUGUCAUGCAUUUCUGUAGUUAUGAAAAAUCUAGACGUCAUUAUACUUAUGCGAAGCAGUAUUUCUGUUUUUUUCUUUACUGAUCUUGAGCUCAUUGAACACUUGAAGUUAGAGGGACAUUCUUGUUUUAUGUUUGCUUUAUUUUUGAAAGGAAUGAGUUCAAAAUGUCGUAGUGUUCUACAGCUGUAAAUUUUUUAUUCGCAUGUCUUAAUGAAUCUCAGGUCACUUUCGAAUUACUCUUCCAUAACAUAUAGUUAGGAACUCUUUCCAGGUUUUCAGAACUUAGGAUUUUUUGGAGCGCCUCCGGUGGACUUUGAAAUAUUCUACUUAACAGCCCCUUCAAGGCUAACAUAUGUAAUUCCCCUAUAUCAUGCUCUAGUAAAUCCUAUUCUCAGUCCUUUCAUAUGAACAAAUGUCGGAUACUGGCACAAAACACCAUUCAAAGACAUCAAAUAUUGGUGCGUGGUGUGAAGACGGGUCUAUGAUUCCUGGAUCGUCUAUAAAAGCCCAUGUUGAUUUUGAAUAAUAUUUGUUUUUGUACAGCCUUCAGUUCGUUAUACUUUAUUUAAAGACCUAGUGCUUCCGAGAACCGAAUAGCUGGUGACUAGUCGAUGAACAAGUCAUAUUGCGUGCUUAACCGUAAUUACUGUGUAUCAUCUCUAAUCGUAUAUCACUUUAUAUGUUCGAAAACGCGACAGAACAGCAGGUUAGUGAUCAUGAUGUAUGAAUGCAAAAAUGCCAAAAUUCAUAUAUAGGAUACCAACUAACAAAACUUUUCUACUGACGCACCAUGAAGAUGCUUUCAGACCCCUAACACCCGAGGAUGUACAGGUCUUGAUGGAAUCUGGUGUCUGUUUAAAAAUAUGUAGUUUUAGACCUUUAAACUAAGUCGCUUCGUUGUAUUACGUUGUAGCUGUGUUAUACCUUAACUUCGUUUAAAUGUGUGAAAUCCCACAUUUUAGUUUUUUUGGCUUAGGUUCAUAAAAUCUUUAAAUAUAUUUUCGCUACAAAUAUGUCAGUUAAAUGCAAAAAGUGUCUGUUACACAAAAUACCUAUGACAGAGUUUGUCUGGCCACAAGUUUCAGAAUAUAUUUCAUUCAUAUGUGAUCUUAUGUGAUGUCAUUCAAUAUUUGGACAGUAUGUAUGCCAUUACUUUCGUAAGAAGUGCCAUUAUACUUUUGAAGUCUUUGUGUUACAGAGAAUUCUGUUGUAUGCGAUACUAAUAUCAGUUAAACCAACGGGUCUUUUCUCAAGACGUAAUCAGAGAUUAUUUAGUAUGACAUCCUUUUUCCAGACACUCGAUGCGCAUACACUGACUCAAAAGGAUCGGAUUAAAUAUUUCUUUUUCAAAAUUAAAAUCUUUGAAGUUUACUGCCAUGCAAAAUUUGUUACGGAAAAUUUUAUUGGUCAUUAAUUUCCUAUGUCUGAUUCAUACUUUCUAAAUCCACUAAUAGUUAAAAUAAAGAUAUUAGUUGAAAUUAUUUUAUAAACAGAUUUACGUACGUUUUGAGUAAAGCAUUUCUUGGUGGGUUGUUUUAUAUAUUGUUUUGAUUGUUUUACAUGCAACACCUUUACGAAAAGCAACAUUGUUACUAUUCUUGCACUGAUAAUCAUCGUUUAUAAAAUUUAUAUAUGAUACAACUAAUUGUAUACACUCUCACUGUUGAUCAUAGCUGUUAUGUAGUAUUUAAACACUUUCUAGUACCAUUUGUCAGACUUUAAAUGUUUAGUACUAAUUUUGUAGAGAAAGUAUUAGCCAGUUUAUUUUCCUUGAAAAGUAAUUUGAUUUGGAGCCGUAUAUAGAAAUGCAAGUUGAAUAGUCCAAUAAAGCAAAAUUUUGUUGCAAGAACUUUUUCUCCCUGGUUCAAACAUACUAUUGAGUCUGAAAUCAUCGUCUGGAACAUGUUUUCAAAUAACCAAAUUCUUAGUUUUGGUUAGAAAACUGCAAAGACUUGUAUGAAAAUAAUCUGCCAGAACGUGUUUAAAAGUGGCAAAUAAUUACUUUAUAGCUCUGUAUUCUUUAUUUAUCUGAAACAGGAGCUUCAACAGUUUUAUCGCAUACUUCAAAUAAUUAUUAUCCCUUAAAAAUUUUAUAGUCUGAAAACUAAUAUUUUUAACAAAAGAUAUAAAGUCAGUUGUUGCUAUAAGUCGCAUGUGGAUUAAAAGCACAAUUUAUUUAAAAUAUUGAAGUUCAUAUCAGUGAAAAGUGAAAACUUAGAACUGGUGGCUUCUUGACACAAAAUAAUUUAAUAUUAAAUGAAGAUUUAUGCCAUAUAUUUUCCUUUAUGAGACUGUUCAAGCGAUUUAAUUCUCAGAUAUAGGACAUUGCACAUAGAAGUCAAUAAAUGAUUUUUAAUACUAGAUGCUUAUAACUGUGGUAUUCGGUUUCGUAAAGUACGAGUUUUCAGGUGCACAAAUUUCUUCGUCGACUGAUAAAAUGUGAAAUUUCGUAACAAUAUUUUUACAGUACGUUCAGAAUUGGAUAGAACUGGAAGUCAAACAGUCUACUGGUAUGGAAUCUGAUGAUAGCUGUAAAAUAGCCUCGGUAAUUACAAGAGCAGAUACCAAGUCUGAUUUAUCUGAUAAUCAGACCAUUGAUUGGAGUAAUCAUCAAAAUCUAAGGAAAAAAAACUAUCCAAGUUGUGAUGGUUGCCUAUCAAAUGUAGAAGUAUUAUCAGAUAGUUGUUUGAACAAACGAUUUCACACUUUUUCACUAAAGCUAAGAGAGCAAGGAAAGAAGAUUAAACUCCUGGAACAAGAGCGAAUCGGCUUUUUGGAACAAAUAGCCAAUCUCUGUUCAUCUUUAGAAAAAAAGCAACAAGAGUUGGUUGAUGUUUUGAAACUUUCGGAAGAAAAAGCAAAAUACCACGCUCAUUAUAUGACUGAGGUUAGUAGUCUACUAGCCGAACUGAAAACACUAUUUUUAGAGCAUUCAAACUGUUUUAAUCCAGGAAAUCAGGCUUUAAUAGAUCAGGGUGAAUUUGGGAAUAAGAAUGAAGUUUCAAAUAAUACCGAUACUGAAAACGUACAAUUGAGUUCCACUAUUGGUUCAGUGAAAGGCGCUUGCUGUUCAGAAUCUCAGCAAGAUCAUCGUGGCCGCGCUCUAAUUAAUGAACUAUCUGCUACAGUAAGUACUGUCAAAAAUAUGAACAGCAAAAAAUUGAUAAAACACGAUCCUUCUCCACAAACCCCACAUAUAUUUGAUACGUUAUCAUCCAAACCUUUAAAUAAUUCUGAUCGAAAUCCUAUUAAAAUAUCUACAAAUCAGUUGCCUAAUAAAUUAAUUCAGCACACUCAUGUGACAAAAAAUCCUAUAGCUUCAGAUGUUUGCAUAUUGCCAUCAUUUUGUUGGAACACUGACCAUGUUCUAUACUGGUUACGUGAAUAUGUUUGCCUACCUGGUGGAUGUUUGGAUGCUGCUAGUCGACUUCGUUUAGAUGGUAGACAAUUAACAAGUGCAUUCGACAGAAAGAUUGAAAAACAGUUACAUCUUAAUGAUGAAGGAUUAAGAAAAAAAUUUUUUACAGCUCUCGAAGAUUUACGAAUACAUGGACCGCCUGGUAUAUCACGGAAUCCAGGACCAAGCCAUAUAAGCUAUCAAUGGAUUUGUGAUAUUUGGUUAAAACAUCAUUUAGGUCUUGUACACUUAAUUCCUAUAUUUUCAAUAAGACGUGUGGAUGGUCGAAUGUUGUCUAGUUUAAUUACCUACAAACGUCCAAAACAUUCUAUCCAGCAUAAAAAUAGACGAAAAAGUAAAGAUAAUCAUAAUUAUGAUAACGAUAAUUGCAAUGAUAUAAUAAUUUCUAAUCCCAAUGAUGAUAUUCCUCUUUCGAAUUAUUCACAACAGAAUCUUAUCAAUUUGAAAACUAAUGAAAUUAAUGGUAGUAGUAAUAAUAAUGAUAAUAUUAGCAAUCAUUCAAGUGUUAAAAGUAUUUCGUCUGUAUCUUCUACAAGCAGCAUAACGAACGCUGUUCAAGAUUCCUGCAGUCAUAAUAAUAGCAGUAAUAAGUAUGAUAAUGGUAAUGAAUAUAUGGAACCUAAUUGGCAAGUUGCUGGACGUAAAGAAAUGUUACAUAUUUUAUUAGGUCUAUCACAUACAUCAUCAUCAUCGUCGUCGAGUAGUGGUGCAGAUUUAUCUGUAGAUUCUAGAUAUUUACUUGGCAAAAAAGAGGCUGAAAGUUUACGUACUGCUAUUGAACUAUUGCAUCAUCAUAAUUUUAAUAUAGAGUUGAUAGAACAAAUUCGUGCUAAAUCUGAUCUUUCCGAAUUAGAUCUUUUGUAUUGGACAAAUGGUCAUAUUGUUAAGUGGUUAUCCGAUUUAGGUUUAAGCGAUUUUGUGCACGGAAUUGAUGCAAGUGGUUUACAUGGUGCAUAUAUGGUACUUGAUUCAACGUUCGAUUUUAAUACACUGAUUAAACGUUUGCAUAUACCAUUGAAUGUUGCAGUUUUAUGUAAAUUAGAGGAGAAUUUACAACGAAUAUUGAAACCAGCUAGAACUCGUGAAGGUAUAUCUACCAAACAGCAUAGAAUUUUUCGUCGACGUAGUGUUAGUCGGCUAAGCUGUACAAACGGUAUAAUGCAACGUAGUAUUACAUCAACUAAUGCAAUCAAUGGAAGUUGUUUAUCGUUGAUAAGUUCAUCAGAAUCUCAAACCAAAUCAUCUACGGAUAAUAAUAGUAAUAAGCAUGUAAAAAUGAAUGGAAAUGUAUUUAAUAUGAAUGAAAACAAAAAUACUGUCGUAGCAUCUAUUACUAAAACUGAUGUCAUUCGCGAUGCUGAAUCAUUGAAUCUAACCAUUAAGGAUAUCGAUUUAACACUGAAUAAUCCAAUUGGAUUGACACCGAGACGCGAGAAACGUCGAAUUCUAACAGUUACCGGUGAUUUAAUGAAUUCUAAUCGUCUAACACGUGUAUUUACACGUGGUCAUAAGACAUCAGUAGAUGUUACUGAACAGUCAAAUAAAUUACUACCAAAUACACAAGUAUCCAAACAAUUGUCAGUAAUGGGAUUGAAUAUUGAUAAUAAUGGCAUUAAUGUUAACAGCUCCAAUGAUAAUUCAGAUUGGUCAUCUGAUGUUGAAGAUAAGUCAAGUACUUUAGUUAGAAAAACAACUGAGAAAAGUUCAGACAAUUCUUCUACAUUAAAACAAUUAAAUUCAUUAGAUUGUAGAAAAACUACUCCACCUAGACAAGUUGUUCAGCCUCACGAAGCUCCACUUCUUGAUCCUUUUGGUUCUGAUUGUGGCAGGCCUCGUUUACGGAUUCUUCUAGGACAAACAAAUCGUUUAAAUUGUCUAACUGGAACAUCUUCAGCAUCAACUACGAAAAGUAAUCCCAAUACCGUAUUCAAAAAUAUCUCAGAUCAUAAAAAUAAUUUAGCUAGUCGUCAGUCUCUAGCAAAAUCCUGUAUAACAUCUACAUUUACCGCUACAAGUCUUGUAUCAAAAGGAAGUACGAAUUCUAUUAAUAGUAUCUCUUCUUCGUAUAUAGUUCCAAUUAGUAAAACAGAUUUUUAAAAUCUACCCAUAAUUAUUUUCAAUAAAUCCUAAGAAACAGUAUUUCUUUCAUUGUAUUUUUUCUCCCAUGCGAUUUAUUCUUUUUUUUAGAUAUUUUUUGUGUUUCAUUACAUUAUCAAUAAUGUUGAUAGCUAAGUUACUGUAUUGAUUCUGUCAUUUUAGCCUGAACUUUCAUUUGUUCAAUAGUAAAUAUUUUUAUGUUAAGAUGGUCUUAAUUCUGGUUACCAAAUUUUGUUAGUUUGUAAUUGUACAGAAUCAAUAUAGAAAAACUCAAUGCAUAAUUCAGUCCAAUCGUCCUACAUUAUGUACUUAAAAAUCAAUAGUUUAUGUAAACGACAAGAGAAUUCAGCAAUUGUCAUCGGAUUAUUAUUGUUAUUAUAUUCAGAAUCAUGUCUCCAAAAUUAUCCGAAUAUGUAUAUAAUAUGAAAAAUAGUAUAUUUAUAAUAUGUAUCUACACUACUUACAAUAAAAUGGGCUUUAUCAUAUUAACUUUUUAUUCAUAAUCAACAAUGGAUUGUUUUAAUCAUCAUUAUAUUUCAAUUUAAUUAUUAAAUUCUGAAUUUGUAUAAUAUUGAACUCACUUGAAUUAUACUAUGAAAAUGUAAAUGGAUGAUUUUUAUUUCUAUCUAUAAUUUAAAUAUAAUUAAAAUAUCGGAUUAAUUGUUUGUAUUUUAAAUAGUUAAUAAUAAAACUUGUUUUUGUUGUUUUUACGCCUUUUUAAAUUAUUUGUUGAAUAAAGUUGGAUUUCUA